CACAAUUCGCCGAUCUCGCUCUCGCGUACGCCGCCGCCGCCAUGGCCGGGCAGAGCCCUCUCCGCCGCUGGAAGCCCUUCUUCGCGGCGUUCGGCCUGGUGGACGCGGCGAUCGAGGCCGCCGGCCCGGCGCUCUGCCGGGACGAGCUCCGGGGCGCGAGGGGCGAGGUCGUGGAGCUGCUCUGCGGCGUCCCCGCGGGCGGCGGCGGCGAGGCCGAGGAGCUCUGCGCCGUGCUCGACGGCUUCAUGGCCGAGUCGCUCCUGACGCUGCAGGCGGUUCCCGCGGAGGCGGUGCCGAGGGUGCUGGCGUCGUCGGCCGAUCUCGCCGAGGCCAUCGGCGCCCUGCGGUGCCACCAGUCCGCGCGCGUCCGCGGGCUGGCGCGCGACGUGGUCCGCGGGUGGAGCGCGGCCGUCGAGGACGACAUCGCCAGGGCCAGCGCCGCCAUGGCGAAACUCGAUGACCUGUGCCGUGUCCCGGCGGCCGAGGCCUCCCGUCCCUCGCCGGUGGCCCUCAGCGUCAGCCAUGGUCCGAGGACGGUGACCCCGAGAGCUCCGACCGCGAUUCCACAGUCGCUGCCCAAGAGAACGCCGCCUCCCGCUGGCCGCGCGACGCGUGACUGCCCCGAGGAGGAGAAGAAGAUGGAUGCCACCAAGCGCAAGCUCCGGGAGGGAUACCGGGGGGUGGAGGACGCCAAGCGGCAGCGGAAGAUCCAAGUGAUCCAGGCGCCCAAGAUCUUGGAGCGGAGGCAGCGGGAGAUGCACCCGAUCCUGCGCGAGCGGAGCCAGGCGAGAUGCGGGACGUCCGCGGUUGCGAGGCGUCGGUUGCUCUCGUGAUCUCAUCGUUUAAGAGGGUCUAGGGCGCUCUGUUCCGUAGGGGUUACGAUUAAGGCCUUCUCGUAGCUGUGGCGUUGGGCUAUAGGAAGGUUGAUAAUGCAUCGCUGGUUAAUCUACUGCAAUCCCCGAGCGAUCGCCAGUGUCUGGAUUAUGGCACGAAAUUCAAUCGGUGCCGCAUUGCUGUGCGAAGAAACCCAUGG